UUCAGACGUGCUUUCCUUUAAAUUUUUCAUUUCUACAGUAGUUUGGCCUUGAAAAACAGUCGCUGUCCCCCUUUAGAGCAGAUAACCCCCUUCAGACAUGCGCAAAAGCGCCCCUGGCCGCACGCCCAUGAAUCUGCAACCUAGGUGAAGAAGCGGCGGAAGGCGGAAUCGAAAUUAUUGCGAGUGUAUAAUUUUCGGCCUUUAAAUUGGUUAUGUAAAGCGCGUUUUACACAGAGAUACAUAUCCAUAUCUGCCAGUGGACAUAUCGUAGUCUUCGUGGAACCAAGUGCUGCUCCUCGUCAUGCUGAUGGUUGUGUGUUCUAGCCUGUGCCGUCCCGGGCACGUGGGUGCCUUGACCGCCAUGCGGAACCUAAAUUGGGCGCUGGGCUCGGGAUAUAGGCCCCCGAUCCAAGCCCUAGUCAGGCAGUACGUCCCAGCUCCGGAGGCCCGGCCAGUGCCCGAUGAGCGAUUCCCGGCCGGCCAAACGGACCGGAAGGAUACCGCCACACAGACCGCGCACAGCUCUUUGUCGCGGCCGCCGAAGACAUUGCCACCAUCACCACAGUCUUCCAUGCCAGCGCAGGUCUCGAUGUCUGACCGAAUCAUAGAUCCGUCCCUGGGUGUAUCGCCCAGUGUGGCGAUACCCUUCAACAUCGACUGGAUAUUCCCCAGGCUGCGGAAUCCCACGAGUUUUUGGUACGCGGCCAGCCAAUUCGUUGUCGCUGCAGUCGGUAUCUUUAGCAAGAUCUUGCUUAUGUUCCUGAAUAAAACCCGUGUCUACAACAAGGAGCGCCUGGUUAACUUGAUUUCCAAAAGGCCCAAAGAUAUUCCCCUGGUGACCGUGUCUAAUCAUUAUUCCUGCUUCGACGAUCCCGGCCUCUGGGGCUGCCUACCUAUGAGCAUUGUGUGCAGCACCUAUAGCAUCCGCUGGUCCAUGGCCGCCCACGAUAUCUGCUUUACAAAUAAGAAGCACUCUCUCUUCUUUAUGUUCGGCAAGUGCAUUCCUGUCGUACGCGGCAAUGGUGUCUACCAGGAGGCCAUUAAUCUCUGCAUUGAGAAGGCCGCUCUGGGCCACUGGAUUCACGUUUUUCCCGAAGGCAAGGUCAACAUGGAGAAGGAGGAACUGCGCCUCAAGUGGGGCGUCGGCCGGAUUAUCUAUGAAUCCCCCAAAAUUCCCAUCAUCCUGCCCCUGUGGCACAUAGGCAUGGACGACAUGCUGCCUAAUGUGGAGCCCUAUGUGCUGCAGCGUGGAAAGAAGAUCACCGUGAAUGUGGGUCAGCCGUUGGAUCUUAACGACUUCAUCCUAGACUUGAAGAAGAGACAAGUGCCGGAGCCCACGGCGCGAAAGCUAAUCACAGACAAAAUCCAGGAAGCCUUUCGGUUUUUGAGGGCCGAGACGGAGAAAUUGCACAGAGAACGCGACUAGCCAGCUAUCAGGGAAGAAUACAGCUGCGUACAUUUGUAAAAUUAUUUAUUUCUGUAUAGUAUUAAGCUCAAAAUGAACCCUCGAGAGGCCCCUGCAAUUCGUUUAUUGUAAUUCAAUUUUAUUAUGGUUAUUGCAAUGCAAUGGCCGGAGAGAGGCACUUUAAGUCAAACCGUGUGCAUUAUUAAAUAGUGUAAAUAUAAACAAAUUGAAAUUUAA